CGUCCUCACAGGAAGGAAGUGGCUCUGCAAAGUACCAACAUAAAAAGCGGAAAACCUGGGAAAAUCCGCACGGUCAAAAGUAUAAAAACGUCGCCGACACCUCCAAACGGAAGGAUAAAACAUGUGGAUGCCAAGUGAGGGACGAUUUAGAAAACCACCGAAUAAACCAUCGGUCAUACAGUCGAAUCAUGAAGGAGAUAAACCACCCAGAGUUACGCUGGCGGAAAACUUCCGAGAAUACUGUUUGAACACUACAAUUCAUGGAUUUAAAUACAUUGGAACCAUCGGUUUAUCUUCUUUUGAACGGGUUUUCUUCACAAUAUCCUUCAUUUCAGUCUCGAUUCUAUCAAUCUAUUUCAUUUCUAAUGUCUACCAUAAAUGGCAAUCGACACCGAUUAUCAUGGGUAUAAAUCCUGUAGCGACCCAUAUCCGAGAUAUUCCUUUCCCGGCGGUCACGAUCUGUAAUAUGAACCAAGUGCGUCGAACCGCUGCCGAAAUGAUCAAUACGGAUAGCGUCGAAUACAUGGUCCUGGAUAGCAUUUGCUCUUUGGAUAGCGAUGACAACCACACCAACUACGAGGGGAAGUGGUCCGUGGUAGAAAAUUUGCUUCUGAGUGCCACACAGCCGUGCCAUCAGAUGAUACUAGCAUGUCGUUAUGCAAAAACCAUCCAACGGUGUAGCCACAUGUUUCAGCCGGUGCUGACCGAUGAGGGUCUGUGCUGUACCUUCAACAACUUGGAUCCUUCAUUCAUGUUACAACAUGAUGAUAUCACAAAAUACCAAGAUAAUGAUCCAACCAAUCCGUUCCAACCGAUCGAAUGGACUCCGGAAGGAGGUUUCGUUGGAGUCAAAACUAACCAAACGUUUCCCAGAGCAAUCGCAGGAACCGGAGCUCACAUGGGUCUGACCGUUGUGUUGGAUGCCAACGUAAAUGAUUACUUCUGUUCAUCAACCAGUUCUCAAGGAUUCAAAAUGCUGUUGCAUAAUCCUACGGAAACACCCAAAAUGGCCGAAUACUCCCAAUACAUCAAUGUGGGCACCGAAAACCGAGUCAUCGUUUACCCCAAACUGAGCGAUGCGUCCUAUCUCAUCCGCAAGGUAGCCCAAUCUCAACGGCAGUGCGUCUUUGCUAACGAAGCUAACCUUUCCUACUACCGGACGUAUUCGAGGAACAACUGCGAAAUGGAAUGUGAAGCCCGAUUGGUUCAGGAAAACUGUGGCUGCGUGCUUUACUACAUGCCGAAACUCCAAGAAGAUACCAAGAUCUGCAAUAAGGCAGACGCGCCUUGCUAUGAGGAAAUCAAAUCGUUUCUUGCGUUCAGAUCGAAUACCAGUCGCCUUUGCAACUGUUUGCCAGGAUGUUUUGAAAUAAGUUAUACUACCGUUAUUUCGACUGCCGAGCUAUGUAUUGGCAACUUCAAAGUACGCGAAAAGUUGCUAUCGCACAACAAUUCGUAUGCUCGGAAAAAUAUUGCGCUGGUCUACAUUUUCUUUUCUGAAACUUAUUUCAGAAGCCUAAUUAAGGGUGAAUUGGUAGGCUUCACAGAUUUUCUGUCCAACGUAGGCGGAUUGCUUGGUUUGUUCAUGGGCUUCUCGCUGAUUUCCCUCGCAGAAGUGAUAUAUUUCAUCACACUAAGGCCACUGUUUGCUAAUCGAAGAGAAGCCGAAAAACAGCUUGCUCGAGCACGAAAGCUCAACCAGUUCCACGGUUCUGCUUUUACCCAGAAAUCGCAGCGCCACGUGCAUUUCUCAAACGACAUCGGUCAUGUGCAGUAUCUGUCAAGUAAAAUCAAGAGAUUCUUCUGUGCAUUAAUACAACAACCAUCUAUUUGGCUUUUGAAUAUUUUUCGAACUCGUUUGUUCAACAGUAACAGAAAUUCAACCUUUCCAUUUUAUGAAUAAAGUCGGGUGCUCAAACAAACACAGGAUGAUUGAUUCGCAAAUAAUAACAUAG